AUGGAGAGCCUCAAGCGGAAUCGCAGCCCUGGUGCCGAGGACAGCCCGCGACCGGGGCCAACUAAGAAGCAGCGCCCAGCUCGCACCGCCGACGCCAGCCAGGCCGAGAUCGACCAGACUUAUGGCCAGCGAUACGUCUUUGCCAACUUUGACGGGCCUACUGCGCCCUCGAGCGACGAAGAGUUCGAGGUCGAGGACGAGGCCGAUGCUCUCGCCUACCUCAGAUCUGUCCGACACGAGGCAGGCGGCAUCCCUCACCUGCUCGUCGCGCCCAAGGCGGGCCCGCAGCUCCCGCCGACCCUCCCGCAAGACGGCCUCAACUACAACGACGACGGCCCGUGCGACCGAUCCAUCUACACCGACGGCGUGGGCGACUACCGCGGCUACUACUACGACGGCGCCUACACGGCGGUCCCCGACGCCCAGCUGUCACCGACCCGCGGCGGCGACGACGACGACGACGACAGCAGGGGCUCGCCCUCGGAGGACGACAUCCGACAGGAGCGAGUGCGCCAGGCCUUUUACGACGCCAUCGCAGCCCGCUUUGAGGCGCUGCGGGCCGUGGUGCGCGCGGAGCCGCCGGACGACGCGCUCCUUGCGCUCGACGACGACGCGCACGGAUUCGAGGUCGGGCACUUCGGGUCGGGCGAGCGGGGCCGCAGGGCGCACGCCGUGUGGCGGGCGCGGCUGCGCGACACGGAUCCGAGCCCCGUGCAGGUGGCGGCCAUGGACCGGGCCGGGGCGCUGCGGCUGUUGCGCGUGCUGCUGUCGGGCGGGUUCCUCAAGCGCGGGCGCGAGCUGGGCGAGCGCACGUCGCGCUGGCUCUGGGCGCUGCUUGCACGCCUGCCCGACGCCGGCGAGCUCGGCCACGUCGAGGUCGCCGCCGUGCGCGAGCUGGGCAAGCGCGCCGUCUCCAUGAUGGCCAGCCUGGCCCACAUGUCGGCCCUGCGCGAGGCGGUCGAGAUGGACGACAGCGGGGACGAGGACGAUGGCGGCGAUUUCAGGCGGGAGGAGGAUGAGGAGGAGGAUGCGUGCGGGCCGUCUACUGAUGUCGAGGAUUCGCACAAGACAAACGUCGGGCUUGGGGCUGUAGGUCCGGACGAGGCCUCGUUAGAGGUGGCCGCUGCUGUAGUCAACCAGGACGCACAGCUCGAGGAGGGCGAGGUCGCGGAUGAGGCCGAGCCCCAGGAAAAGGAUGGCGACAGCGACGACCAGUCCAUGGACCUGGAGGACGGCGAGGUCGACGAGGAUCAGGCCCCAGACGACGCGGCCCCCGGCGCGAAGACGGCCGAGUCCGGCCUGGAGGCGGCAAGGCGACGGCUCCUCUGCCAGCUGGACGGGGGCGGGGGCGAUGGCGAGGGCGAGGCGGCUCCCGUCAACCUCGAGCCGGAGCUCGGACCGUCGCCCGACGAGCUCGAGGAGGCGAGGAUCCUGCGCGCGCGCAUGAACAUGCGUGCCACGCUUAACAUGAUCCUCACAGUUGCGGGUGAGUUCUACGGGCAGCGGGACCUGCUCGAGUUCAGGGAUCCCUUCCGGGGGCUUUGA